AAGAAGAUAGAAAUUAAAAAAAGCCCUACUUACAAGGAUACUCAUUUCUCUGUCUGAUCGGCUGAUUCUGGCUCUCGAUCGAUCCUAAAUCUGUUUUGAGCCUCUUCCUCGCGAAUUGCUAAAGUAGAAGAAGAAGAAGAAACGACUCCAGUUUAGAAUUCUCUUCGGAAGUAGGCUCUUCAAUGCCUCCCCCUGCUGCACCUAGAUCUGGAGAUGCCAUUUUUGCUAGUGUUGAGCGUGUGAAUGCUGAGCUCUUCACUCUUACAUAUGGAGCAAUUGUGCGCCAGCUGCUCACUGAUCUGGAGGAGGUUGAAGAAGUCAACAAGCAGCUCGAUCAGAUGGGAUAUAAUAUGGGGAUUCGUCUCAUUGAUGAGUUUCUAGCAAAAUCAAAUAUCUCCAGAUGUGUCGACUUCAAGGAAACAGCUGAAAUGAUUGCCAAGGUUGGUUUCAAAAUGUUCUUGGGGAUUACUGCAUCGGUUACAAACUGGGAUGCUGAUGGCACAUGUUGUAGUCUUGUUUUGGAGGACAACCCUUUGGUGAAUUUUGUUGAACUUCCUGAUUCAUGCCAAGGUCUCCAUUAUUGCAACAUCUUAAGUGGAGUUAUUAGAGGAGCUCUAGAGAUGGUUUCCAUGAAGACUGAAGUGACCUGGCUACGAGAUAUGCUAAGAGGAGAUGAUGCGUUUGAACUACAGCUUAAAUUUCUGAAGCAGAUCCCAGAGGAGUACCCUUACAAAGAUGAUGAGUAAUUUCUCGACAUUCUUCAUAAUCAGGUGACUUUUUCCUUUCGGCCUUUUAUUGUUAUUGUUAUUUUAUUGUUUUUCCUUGUUCAACUUAAGCUUCUAUAUUGUUGUUUAUCUCAUAUGAAUGAAUGAAUUGUCACAUACUUUUAGUUAUGUUUUUUAGUUUACUAAUGGCAUUUCAA